UUAAUUUUUCAAUAUUCAUCCUCCCAAUGGUGCUUGCCUAUAUAUUUUGCAGUUAGUAAUCUACAUUCCUCACGCACAAAAACCUUACAGCUUUCCCAGUUAUGGCCGAAACCGAAACCACAAAAUCAGCCAUUACAGAAACCAAAAAAAUGGUCAACCCGAGAGUGGAAAUCGACACGUCGCCGCCGUUCGAGUCAGUUAAGGAGGCGGUAGACCGGUUUGGCGGCAGCGGUCCUUGGAUUCCCCGUCAGUUUCUUCAUUUAGCUGCUGAUCACCCUUAUAAUGAAGUCUUUAAUGUGGAGAAAAUGGAGGGUCAUGCAGUCCAAUUGGAAAGGGAUUUAAUCAUGAAAGAGCAGGAAACACUUAGCGUUUUAAAAGAACUGGAAGCGGCUAAAAGAUAUGUUGAAUACUUAAAAGUGAACCUGAUGCAAGAAGUGCCUUCAUUCUGUGCAACUCCUGACAUAAAUUUGGAAAGGGAAAUCACUGUUUCAAAUGAGGAAUCAGCUGAACGGUUGAGCUUGUGCCCGGUUCCAUCCCCUGGUUUGAUUUUCACUGAGUUGAAUCAAGCUAAAUCAAGCCUUAGUAAGACUUCUGUAGAUCUUAAUGUAAUUCGAGCCUCUGUUGAGUCUCUGAACAAAAAAUUGAGAAAAGAAGGAAUUUUGCUUGAAAUGAGAACAAAGCCACAAGUACCAAAUUCUGAAGGAGCCUUGUCUAAUAUAGUUGAGAAGGUAGAAACUAAAGGGGGCUUGCAGAGUUCUACGAAUAUCUCCAAGGAACUAAAUUUAGUGAAUUUUGAGGAUGAGCAGUUUAAGAAGAUGACAGAAGCUUCAAGAUACGAGGUCAUGAAGGCAAUGGCGGAGAUUGAACGGACAAAGAACAGUAUUAAAAUGGCCGAAAUGAGGUUGAAUGCAGCAAAAAAGAUGGAAGAAGCAGCUAAAGCAGUGGAAGCUAUUUCUCUGGCUGAAAAAACCUCUCUGUUGAAUGGUGAGAAUUCAUCAGACGUUUUACUGCAUAAGCCUAAUGAAAUAACUCUGUCAUUUGAAGAGUACCAAUCUCUUACUCGAAAAGCACAACAAGGUGAAGAGCUGUGGAAAACAAAAUUUAUAGAUACCAGUGCCAUGCAUCAAACCAAUGAAGAACGUCAUGCGGAAGCAGUUAUGCUGGAGAACUUUGAGGAAAUAACCAAAGAAAACAAACAAACCAAAGAUGAUUUUCGCAGCAAAGAAGAAACUCGUAGAAUAGAAGUCCACGGGGAUAGGUUUUCUCAAACGCGAUUGGAGAAUGAUGGAGAGCAGAAUCACUCGGCUAAAUUCAAAUUUAAAAAUUCUCGCUCCUCUCUUGGCCGCAGUAAUCCACCUGAUCUCAAUACAAAUGAUUCGGUUCCUGGUUUUAGAUCUACAACUUCAAUAGGAGACAUAAUGAGUAGGAAAUUGAUUCUACAAGAUGAUUUCAUGGUGGGAAAUCAUGUGGAGAACCGAACUGAAAGGCAACAUAUUUCGUUGAGCCAAAUGCUGCGCAAACAGAGUCGACUUAUUUUGCAUCCUACAAAACCAGCAGCAGAUGGGGGUAAUGUUGAGAAGCAAUUCUUUAUGCAGAAGAAGAAAUUUGGAUUUAUUCAAGUUCCACUGCCAAAACAGGGCAAGAAGAAAUCACAGCCUAUGAAUAUGAGGUGAUAAUAAGAGUUAAUUUGAAGUUGAAACUAAAAUUUCCUGUUGCAUUUUCUAUCAUUGGUUGUGUUUUAGAUUUGCUUAUGAUUUCAUACAGUUGUAUGGCAUGAUGAUUGUUUGUAUAAUACUGUUUAAUGGCCUGUCGCCACUUCAUUUCUUUCUAGAUAAUGGAAAACUAAAGUUUGUUUCGGAUAAA